AUGUCUAUAGCUCAGCCGCUGCAAAUUUCAUGUACGACGUUCGAACUUCGAUUCCCCAUGGUUGUGCAGACUAACACCGAUAGGACAGAUAUCGAGCUCCAGAUGUUGGAGGAUCAUAUUGAAUUUAUCGAGGUCAUCCUCCCCAGUUGUCGACGCAGUAUUCGUCCACGAAGUAAAAAUCUCUUUCGGGAAGAAUUCCCUCAACCUCUUACCGUUGAAGGCGAAGCCUUCUCUUUUUCCGUUCAUAAGAAAAAGUGGUAUUCCAAAGUCAUUCCAGUCGUCAAGGUCGUCCGGAUCAACGUCAAUGAUGUGCUGUCUAAUUCGAGGGAGCAGAAGUUUCAGACAGUGCGCAACAAAUUGGACAUCACCAUUGGACUCUCACCCUGUAGCACCCCGGUCGGUGAUUCCGCGCCUACGAACACCGGUGUCCUACGUCCUACCACUGAGGACCUCCUUAAAGAGUGCCCUCGUUUUCGGGUACUGGUAAUCGGGCAGUCUGGUGUCGGGAAAUCUACAUUGAUUCGCCAAGCCUUUGGAAUCGAGGAGGCAGUCGCUAAGGACGACAAGCCAGGUGAAGCUGAUAUUGGCAAAGAACUCACUUCGUGGCAGAACGACCGGUUUGUCUUACAUGACAGCAAGGGUUUCGAACCGGCGGAACACAACAACUAUAGCAGUGUGAAGAAGCUGUGCUUCCAAACGCCCCUCGUAUCUAAUGGCGAACGCCUUACAGAAGGAUGCGCGGAGAGGCUCUUGCAAGAAGAUAUGGGUACUAUCGGGGACAUUCCGACUAUAGUGGUAUUCACGAAAUACGACAGGCUCCUGGAUAGCUUUCAACUGCAGGGAGUGGACAAAUUUGGUUCAGCUGCAGAAGAAUACUUGGAACAGCAUUGCAUCAAGCCCAUCCAGCUCUUCACCGGAAACUCAAACCUAACACAUCUCACAGUUAGCUGUGAGUUCGGCGAGCAUAGGCAAGGGCUUGAGGAAUUGAUUGAGCUCACUCAUAAGAAGGUUGUCGCAACUUUUGGGUCUCAGCUGGGCACGCCAUCCCCAGUUUCGGUCGUGACUCAAAUGGCACAGAGAGUGUCGCCAAGGUUGAAGAUCGAGGGAUCGAUAACUGUCGGCAAGCAGAGAUAUUGGAGAGCACUGACUUCUGGUGCCAAUUUUGGGGAUCAUACGAUUCUUGAAUGCCUUGCCGUUAUUCAUACCGACAUCGUAUCCGUCUGGAAUUUCAAUGACCCAUCUCAAUAUCUCUAUAGUACUAAAUUUCGAGCGCUGAUGAUAAAACUGGUGGAGACUAUUGACUCGUCGGCUCCACCUCUCCCUCAUACUGAUACUACCAGCAACAUAUGCGAGCUAGGGGCUCCCCUCUUGCUUGCUGUGCCUAUAAUUUUGCCGUUUAAAGCGGGAUUGGGCCUUGCACAAUGGGUUCAUGAGACGUAUCAGCGACUACCGGAGGUGCAUCGCAAGUUCAUGGCUUAUGUUGUCGAUCUGGUCCACAUCUUGGAGAUAUUAUUCGCACUCACUGCUAACAACAACGAAAAGAAGCUUUCCCGUGGAGCCAUUAGUUUGGCUUUCAACGCAUACUAUACGUCGACAACACAGCGUGACGCUCAGCGGAAGAUCAUGAGUCGAGACUAUAUAAUCCCGGGUCGCGACGCCGUCCUCGACGAGAUCAUUUCUCUAGUUGGGAUGAGUGCAGUUGACGACAGAGGCAUUGCCAGGGCCCUUGCCGAUAUUCCACCUGCAGCUCUGGAGCGAGACGAUAAGUGGUUUAACGUUGCUGACAAUCCGCACUCGUUCGAUCGUUGA